UCCGUCCGUCCGUCCGUCCGUCCGUGUGCGCACAUGAGAGGAGCGGAGCGAGGGGAGGCGAGACCGUCCCGUCCCGUUUGUAGGGAGCUCCGGCGGCCGAUGCGAGGUGCGAACGAAAGCUCCGCCGUCUCUCGGGCUGCUGCGAGCCGACAGACCGCCCCGCACAAUGCCGUCUUUUGACGAGGUUUUGAAGGAGGCUGGGGAAUUUGGAAGAUUUCAAAAGAGGGUCUUUUUCCUCCUUAGCCAGACAGGCAUAACUUUUUCUUCCCUGUUCGCCAGCGUAGUUUUCCUUGGGCGAGCACCAGGCAACUUCUGGUGCAGGAUCCCCGGGGGAGCUGAGUUAAGUGAACGAUGCGGCUGGACGCUGGAAGAGGAACGAAACUUCACGGUCCUUCCCCUGCACCUGGGGAACGAGUCCUUCAGCGGGGAGUGCCAGAGGCUGGAUGUCACUUGGGACACCUCUGCCAGCUGUGCCAGCCCGCUCGCCCGCUCUGGCAAUGGCAGCACGGGCAACCUGCCGCUCGUCCCUUGCCACCGUAACUGGGUCUAUGAACAGCCCCACUCAUCCAUUGUCAGCGAGUAUGAUCUCGUGUGUGGCAAUGGCUGGAUGCUGGAUCUCUCACAAGCCAUCCUCAAUCUGGGGUUCCUGGCUGGAGCAUUCCUCCUGGGCUAUGCUGCUGACAGAUAUGGCAGAAUCCCCAUCUACCUGCUCUCCUGCCUUGGGGUUGGGAUAUGUGGUAUCAUAGUGGCAUUUUCACCAAAUUUUACUGUAUUUUUGAUCUUCCGUUUUCUCCAAGGCAUGUUUGGCAAGGGAACCUGGAUGACAUGCUACGUGAUUGUGACGGAGAUCGUUGGUUCCGAUCAGCGGAUUGUUGGAAUUGUGAUUCAGAUAUUCUUUACCCUGGGAAUUAUAAUUCUCCCUGGAAUUGCAUACUUGAUUCCCACCUGGCAGGGGAUCCAGCUGGCCAUUUCACUGCCCAACUUCCUCUUCCUGCUCUACUAUUGGGUGGUUCCUGAAUCUCCACGUUGGCUCCUGACACGCAGAAAGGGAGAGAAGGCAUUAAAAAUCAUGCGCAAUAUUGCAAAACACAAUGGGAAAUUUCUCUCACCACAUUACUCAGAGAUCACUAUUAGCAACGAGGUCAGCAACCCCUCCUUUCUUGACCUGGUGAGGACUCCCCAGAUGAGGAGGAGCACACUCAUCCUGAUGUAUGCCUGGUUCACAAGUGCCCUUAUCUACCAAGGGCUUGUCAUGCGCCUGGGAAUUAUUGGAGGAAACCUCUACCUAGACUUCUUCAUCUCAGGAGCUGUGGAGCUGCCCGCUGCUUUCCUAAUCAUAGUGACAAUUGAUCGCGUUGGCCGGCGCCUGCCCUUCGCCAUGAGCAACAUCGUGGCCAGCAUCACGUGUCUCGUCACUGCCUUCCUGCCAGAAGAUAUUCCAUGGCUCAAAACAACAGUUGCCACACUGGGGAGACUGAGCAUCACAAUAGCUUUUGAAGUUGUCUACCUAGUGAACAGUGAACUGUACCCUACAACACUGAGGAACUUUGGUGUCUCCCUGUGUUCAAGUCUGUGUGAUCUUGGUGGGAUCAUAGCCCCAUUCCUGCUUUUCCGACUAGCAGCCAUUUGGUUGGAGCUACCUCUAAUUAUUUUCAGUAUUCUUGCAGCUGUCUGUGGCCUCCUAGUAUUGCUUUUACCAGAGACAAAGGGAAUCUCAUUACCAGAGACAGUGGAGGAUGUGGAGCAGCUUCCAAGUCAUUUUGGAAAAUGUGGCAAGAAAGGGAAACACCGGGACACCAACUCUUAUAUUUGACUUUUGAAGGACAGCACUGAGCUAAUAGCUUUGUUCCCAUACUGGGAAUUUGUUCUCUACCUGCCACCAUUUCAAAAUUGGCUGCAGAAUAUGGAUUAAACUUCAUGUUCUCCUUCUUCUAAGCACAAGGACAUUUAAUACAAGUAGUGUAUUUUUCUAUGAAUGUGGAAUAAAUACUUUUUUUUUCUGAGUA